ACAGAUCUGAAUAUCGUUGUGUAAAAUCAAAUCUUGGUAAAGUCUCAAUUGCGCGGCAUUCAAUACUUGUUUUUCACAUCUAAAGAUCCUCCGGUUCCAAGGUCGAAAAGUUUCCGCGGACAGCGUAUAAAAUAUAAAACCACAAAACUAUUAGACUCAAAUCCGUUUCGAUUUCUGCAUUAGGAGAUUAUCAGUUGACAAUUAGAUAUUAGUCCACAGUAACACCGCGGAAGUUUGCCAAGGAUACCUCUUAAGUGCGUGCGUUGAUAAAGUAUAUACUAAAAAUGGUUCAAGAGACAGAGACUGACUGCUAUCAAAAAUGCAGUAUUCGAAGUCCGUGUGAACAUCAUUUGCAAAUUAUUAAAAGCGAACUUGGUGAAAAUGAUGAAAGAUUCAGAAUUACUGAAAAUAUUUUGUUCCAUUGGAUGGAUUGCCAGCCUCAUUUUCCCAAAAACUACGAUAAAUCUGUAGUUCGUAAUUUUUUACGUGGGAGCAAACACAACAUGGACAGGGCGAAGCAAAAGUUGGAGUAUCAUUUCAAGGCCAAAUCGUAUUUUCCUGAAAUAUUCAGUCGUAGGCAAGUGUCGAAAGAUCUUAUUGAUACUCUCAAUGCAGUAAAAAUGACUCCUCUCCCUAAGUUAACAAAAGAUGGCAGCAGAGUAUUCAUUCUUAAAAUUUCAGAAACAGACAGCGACAAAAUUGAUUUUAAUCUGAUUCCGAAAGCAUACUUCAUGAUAUAUGAUGUUCUUCUGAGGAAUCCAAAUCCAGCUGCAAAGGAAGUGGCAGUAUUUGAUUGUGAAGGAACAAAUGCAGCUCACCUUAUGAAACUACUGGGAAUGCUGAAAACAAUGAUCCCUUUGUUGAGACAGGCAUACGCUAUGCGACUCAAAGAGCUGCAUUUUAUAAAUGCUCAUAGUGGAAUUGAAAAAUGUAUUAGUAUCGUUAAACCUAUUCUACACCCGAAAGUGAAAAAUAGUGUAAGUUUUCAUGAAAUAACAUGAAUUCGCCAAACCUAUACUUGGUCGCCUCCUUUUCAAGUAAUGUGCUAGUCUCGAUCAAAGUUGUACAUGAAAAAGCAACCAUUAGGAGAUGCCUGCAUAAUGAUAAAAAAUUCUGGACUACAAUACAAGAUGGAAGUUUUCAUUCUCUGUAAUACAAUUAUGAAAGAUUGGAUUUGAGAUAUGCACUAGUAGGUAGCAUGAAGGACUCCGAUAGCAUAGAUGGUAAACAGGAAGCUGGAUUCGGAUCCCAGUCGACUUACAUUUUUUUCCACUCUAUCAUAAUUAUAUUACAGGCGAUAAAACUUUUGUAUUUGUGUUCGGAAUUAUUUUCAGUCAAACCUGGAAUUAUUUUCAGCCAAACAACGAAAACUAAAUGCAGGUACUUCUAGUGUAAAGAAUCUAUAUAUCCUUGAAGACUGUUCAGUACUAAAUAAUUGAAUAAUAAUCCAUGUACUGCUCAAUUUGGGGAUUAUUUGUCUUGAGAUUUAACAGAACAAUUCACUGCAUACCUACUGUUCCUUCAUAGGUUUACAAAAAAGUCCGAGAUGGAAUAUGUCUAUCUUUGAACGAUAAAUACCCAUUUUAAUGUUUGAAAUAAUGCUCACAUAUGGAAGGU